GCAGAAUUGUCAGUCGUUUGCGUUUACUCGCCGUGAACGGUCGGUCAUUCGCUUGCAGCCUCUACCACACAAACGUUUCGGCAUUGAUUGAUUUGCGUGCAGCUUACACAAAUAAAAAAUAAAAUAAAAUAUUUAACGAAAAUAAAAUAAAGUAAAAAACAAAAAUAAAAUCAAACACAAUUUUUAUUCCGCUGUAGAGCGCGUGUGUUUGUUCCGUACUUUGCAGCGCUUGGCGGUUCGAGGGCGCGCGAAUUAUUUGAGCGAACGUGUGUGUGCUUAGCAUUUAUGUUAUGUCGCGAAUUGAUUGUUUGUUAAAAUAAUUAGAAUUUCUGUGUUUAUGUGCGAAUUGUUGAGUACACCGCUGACUGCUUAGUCAAUUUAAUUGCGUAUGUGAGAGAAUGCAAUAAAAAAAGUAAAUGUUCAAAUUUCAGAAUAUCGUUAAUUAAUACAACAAAAUUUCGCAUUUAGAGCAAAUACACAAAAAGUUAAAACACCACAAUCGCUUCCAAUUUCAAUACCAAGUUCGUUGCUUAAGUCUUUUGUUAUAGUGACAACCAAUAAUUACUGAUCAAAUACAAUCAAAGUGAAUAAAAGCAUUAAUUAAAAGCGAUAAGUGUUUACACAGCAAAGUAGUCGCGCUCUGUUUAUGAAAAUUAAAUAUUGAUUUUGUGUGAAAAUGCGCCACCAGCAAAGCCGCUGCUGACAAAGCCAACAAAUCGAGAGCGUGACAAAAAUAAAAAACAAAACCCCCCAAGUGACUAACGAAACACAAAUAUAAAUGGCGUUAACAAAUUUCUCGCUGCCCUUUGGCGCACUGACGCAACAAGUGCCUACAUGGGGUGCCACCCUGCCGCCGCUGCAUCCCGCCCAUCAGCUAGCGGCCAACACCAACAAUUUACUCUACUCGCCGGCUGAUCAUCAGCAGCAGCAGGGCGAUGAAGCCGCACCGCCGCCUGAGUCAGAUUUCUACAAAAACAAUCCAUAUGCGCCGCCACAACUGCAUCAGCAGCAGCAGCAACAACAACAGCAGCCCAUACGCCACUCAUAUCAAUACAAUAGCAACAAUAACAACAAUCAUAAUUUACAAAAUAAUAAUCGGCUGAAAAACGGCAACACCUACUUGCCGCCCAUACCGCCACCCGGUGCGCGCAAUACACAGUUCAAUAACCAAAAGCCGCAACAACAACAGCAGCAGCAGCCGGCACAAAAGCAACAACAGCAUUACAGUCAUUUCAGCAUAAGUCAGCAACAACAACAGCAGCAACAUCAUCAAUUACACCAACAACAACAAAUCAAAGGCAACAACGGUGCUUUCAAGGCCGCCACUUCUGUAUCAACCGUUGCCUCAGCCGCUGCUACCGCCUCUGCUGCCACCACUUCUACAAGAACUUAUGGUGAAGGUUCUUACAAUAAUUUUGGCGCUGCAGCACAACAACAACAACGCCAGCAACAAAAACAAUUUUAUAAUUCCUAUAGUCAUAGCACUUCCUCAUUUGUGGCACAAUCCCAACAGAAGACUCAAACACAAACAAGCCAACAAAGCUUCGCCAACACACCGGUAACCGAAGCACCACAACCUGCAGCGGUUUAUGGUGCAGUGCCGGCACCAACGCUGCGCACUGUGGACGAGACGAAUGGUGGUGGCAAUGAUAGUGAUGCUGGUGGUGAUAACGGUGCUGGUGGUAAUGAACCAUAUCCACAUCGUCCACCCGGCUUCACUCGUGUUCAGGCCGGCCAAGGUACGCGCACACAGGUGCACGCGGUGCUCGAUUAUGAUGUUGAAGAGGGUGAAGAGGAGGAAUACUACGAUGAGGAUUCCAAUAAAAAAUCACCAAUGCCCACAGUGACCCCCAUACAAGGCCCAAUAUUCCUGAAAAAUGGUACGGCGCCAGUUGUACCGCUAUUCUCGUAUCCCACACUCAACAACGGAUCAUUCGUACAAAUACCGAUCUGGUGGACUGCAUUGUCUGUUGCCUUGGGUCUAGAUGUGCGCGGUGAUAUAAUCAAAGGUGUGCCAUGCAUCAAACGUUACCAUCAAUUAUUCUGUCCGACGGCGGGCAACAGCUAUCCAAUUGAUAAAAUCGAACGCUUCAUCGACGACAAUAAGGCACUGAUGCGACGAAUGUACGGCGACUUUGAGAUGAAUCUCGAGCCUGGCGGUCCACAGUCACAAACGAAGAAACGCAAACGUAGAUUCAUUGACGAUCCCGAUAUAUUCAUACCACCAGGCGCAUUUCCGGCAGUGGUGCCAGACGAUGAAGGCAGCACGGAACCACAUGCUGAGGAGGCUGGCGAAAGUUACUUCGGCAAGUUGCGCAACAAACGACAGGCCAAUCGAAAUGCGAAUAAACCGAAUACGAAUUCGUUUGCGAAUGCCGGGCAGAAUACGGGAAGGGUGGACGCAUGCGAGUCUAAGGUGGAGAUCGUUACGCCAUAUUGGGCCUCCAAUUCGGCGGGUAAAAUACGCGCCAUUGUGAAUACACAGCACUUCGAGCAGGCCAUACAUCAGGAGGUUUGCACCACGCCAGCAACAUCGCGCUGUGAUCGCGACUGUGGUUGUGAGCAAAAAUAUAAGUGGCAUCGCCUACUAGCCUACGAUCCGGAUAAUGAUUGUAAGGGCAUCUUCAUGGACUGGUUCCUCUUUCCGUCGUGUUGUGUGUGCAGAUGUAAGCCAUAAGCUUUGCAGGUGGAGCAAAAAAGACAACGAACUCAACUGUUCUCUCUACAUUUCAUUAAACUUAAGUCAAAUAAGUAAUAUACUUAAAUUUCAGCAAAAACUCUAAACUUUUUCCUUUAAAUCGAAUUAGUUAAUCAUUUUCAAAUUAUAUUUCUACUCAAUUCGCGCACAUUUUUAGGUUAGAUUUAUGAGCAUAAGUGAAUUUUAGUUUUUUGCAAGUUAAUAUAGCCUUUUUAAGACAUGGCAACUCUGCUAAGCAUGCAUAAAUAACAGUUAUAGUUCUAUACAUAUAAGUUACUUGCUUAAACUAGUAGUUAAAAGAUUAUUAGUUGUUUUGAAAAUUACCUUACUAUCAAUAUUAUUAUCUAACUGUUAAGUAUUGAUAAUUAAAUAAUUUGUUUCCAAAUAUAAUAUUUCGAGGUGUUCAUUUUACUUUUAAAACUUAUAUUUUCACAAUAUUAUGAGAUUUUUC